AUGGCGCCACCUUCACCAGCCACCAGCAUCAACAGAACAUCCAGCGACGGCGGCACGAUCAUACUCAACAAAUACCAACUCACUCGCCUUUUAGGUCGUGGUAGUUUCGCUAAAGUCUACCAUGGCCGUUCUCUCAUCGACGAUUCCUCCGUCGCGGUGAAAGUUAUUGAGAAACCCUCCAUCGCAGAUCCGACGAUGGAGCCACGGCUGGUUCGUGAAGUCGCCGCCAUGCGGCGGUUGAACCAUCCCAACAUUCUCAAACUCCAUGAAGUGUUGGCGACGAAAACCAAGAUCUAUCUCGUUAUGGAACUCGCCUAUGGUGGUGAGCUUUUCACACAGUUGUCCCGCCGUGGACGGAUGAAGGAAGCAACUGCACGGAGGUACUUUCAACAGAUCGUAUCGACGCUCAAUUUUUGUCAUCAAAACGGAGUCGCUCAUCGCGAUCUAAAACCCCAAAACCUUUUGUUAGACGAAGAUGGGAACCUGAAAAUCUCUGAUUUCGGACUCUCGGCGUUGCCUGAGUCACAAAAGGACGGGCUCCUCCACACUGCGUGUGGAACUCCAGCGUACACUGCACCAGAAAUCGUUCGCCGGAAAGGCUACGACGGAGCAAAGGCGGACGCGUGGUCAUGUGGAAUUAUACUUUUCAUCUUCUUAGCAGGUUAUCUUCCUUUCGACGACAGUAAUUUAGCAAACAUGUACCGGAAAAUUCACCUACGUGAAUUCGCAUUUCCCGAUUGGAUGCCAAAACAACCGAGGAUCAUUAUUCAAAAGCUCCUAGAUCCGAAUCCGAAAACCAGGAUGAGCAUCGAGACGUUAAUGAACCUCUCAUGGUUCAAAAAAUCACUGAGACCCGAUCCUACUCUCGAACUCCACAACGAAACAGAAACCGAAGCAACCGGAGAAGAUGAUUUGAGUUCGAUUAAACACAAGACGACAAUGAAUGCGUUUGAUAUAAUCUCGAUGUCGUCAGGGCUUGAUUUAUCAGGUAUUUUCGAAGAGAAAAUCGUACGGAAGGAUAGGAGAUUCACGACGACGGCAACGGCGGCGGAGAUUGAGAGGCGGGUGGUGGAAGUGGGUGAGAGAUUGGGGUACAGAUCGAAGAAAAUGAAAGACAAAGAGAAUAGGAACAGGGAUGUGAUGGGGUUGGUGAAAGGUAGGGUGGUGGUGUUGGCGAAGGUGUUGGAGGUGGCGGUGGAUUUGUUGCUGGUGGAGAUGACGGUGGUUGGCGGCGGAGGUGGGUUUAGUGAGGUUGAAUGGGAGGAAUUCAAGGUGGGUUUUGAAGACGUUGUAGUGUCAUGGCACUGCUAA